GUUACGUAUUGAAGAAAGUAAGUAAAAGAUACAUAAUAAUACCAAAUUAUUAACAAUAUCAAAUUAAUAAUUAAUUUUUAAUUCAAAUUAAGACAUUUUUCGGAAUGUAAACAUAUUCUAUUAUACGUUCACAUUACGAACGAAUUUUGUAUCUAUAUAUUUACAGGUUUUAACCUACAAAACGAGAAAAAUUAUAAAUUUAAGAAGAAACUAUAAACGAUUUCUCAAAAAAAUCAUAAUUUAUUAAAGAAUAAUGUCAAUAUUAUUACGACUUGUCCGUUCUCAUAGAAUUAAGAAUGGAUUAAUGUUUUUAAAACCAAAAGAGAUUAAAAUAUAUAAUAGAAUAUAUCGUAGUGAUUUACCAACUCAAAAAACUGAAAAAGAAGAUUUAUAUGAAAUAAAAGAUGCAUGGGCUAGUUAUGGAUUUGACACUAAAAAUAAGGAAAUUGAUCGUCAAGCCAUGCACAUAACAUUUUUUACUUGUAUCUCUGUAGUCUUAGUAUUUGGAGCUCUUAUAAUUGGUUAUGCACCAGAUCCACUUCUGAAAGAUUGGGCUCAACGUGAAGCAUAUUUACAACUUCGCCAUAGAGAAGAAAAUGGUUUGCCAUUAAUUGAUCCGAAUUUAAUAGAUCCAUCAAAAUUUACUCUUCCAAGUGAAGAAGAACUAGUUGAUGUUGAAAUAAUUAUUUAAAUAUUUCUAAAAUAUUUAAUAUGGAAAAAAUUAGUUAUUUUUAGUUAUUAAAAUCUUUAUUAUUCUAUAUACUUAUAUUACAUAU